CGACCGGUCGGGGCGAAAGUCGGCUCCGGCCACACAGUGCGAACGCGGUACAUAGUACCUCGCCACAGUCUCAUCUAAGCCACAGCUAUGCGCACAUCCUCCCCAUCAUAGCCGAAAAUUCCUCAUUCGCAUUCCGGACUCGCGACGCGGCGCGAACUCUCUGCAAGGGGAUCGCGAAUUUUUCUCCGCUCACAAAAAAAACGAACUUUCACGCGAACAUUUUCCUAGUUGCAGUUGGCGGCAAACGGGUAAAGUUGAGUGUUUGUGUUUAGUAAAGUGUUUUGCUUGACUUUUAGAGAUUCAUUUUUUUCGUUUAGUUCGUGUGCGGUGUACCGAAACGUUAUGUUUGUGUGAAGUGUGAUUUUUUUUUCAUUUGUGCACAAUUUUAUUUUGGAUUUUUUUCGCUCCGGAAUUUUUGGUGCGAUUCUGAAAUGACGCAGUCGAUCGUUAGCACGCCGAGAGGGCAAUAGUAAUCGUCUGACUUUUUAGGCAAAUUUUCGUUUUAACGCCGCCAUAAAACGAAGAUGCUGGGGUGUGCUCUUAGCGGAGUGACCUCGAUAUUUAACUGCGCGAAGCAAAUCAACUUGAGCUCGGCUGACGAUAGCCGGUGCUUAGACAAGUAAAUGAAGUAGACAACUAAGAAACUUUCGACAAUAUUUGGCCUUAACUGAAAAAAAAAUAAUUAAAUUAAAUUCCAACGCGAGUAAAUUAAGCUAGUCAGUUACGAGAGUGUAGUUAGUUAGUUACCAAUAGGAAGAUAGCUAGGUUAGCGUGUUCUCUUGGGCCACCGCGGUGGUAUGCUUUAUAUUGCACCUUGUAUCGACUGCGCGCUGACUGGUCGCUACGUCACGUGGCUGCCCGGCGCGCGACUGCAGUGCUGGAUGAUACUAACUGUAUACACGUUACCACAGCUUGCCGUCUCUGCGAAGAUAUUGUGCCUCCUGAUGGUGGUGAUCUGCGGUGCGGUGCCGUCGAUGGUGCGGUCGGUUCGCCUCUUCAACCAGUGCUCUCACACGUUCGUCAACGUGUUCCCAAACGGCACUGUCAUGGCCCGUUACGAUGGAAACGACCAACCGAAUCUCACUCUAAGCACGCGCGGCUUAAGUCUGGACCUGCUCAUCCACUCACCCAUACACGACAUGUACCUGUGCUUCAACCGUUCGCGCUUGAUCGGCAGGCGAUUGUCACGAUUUCAAGCGGAAAGACAACCGAACUGUUUGUUCAAAGAAGAGUUUGUAAACGGCUACAACCGUUACCACCUGGUGAGGAACGAAGACCGAUACAUAGGAUUCAACAGGAGAGGUGGCCAGAUGAGACGUGGGAAGAGCCAGAUCCCCCAGCGGCAGCACAAGUGCUUUUCAUUCUUGAAAAUAGCUCACGAAUUCAAUAUAGAGAACCACAAUGAUAUCCUCGCCGGGAACAUGCCCCGGCGCCCGCAGCGCAGAACCCGGCCGCCGUCGCAGAACUCCAUCAAGCCUCCGUGCCGCGUGAGGCACCACCACGGCCGACACCAGAGGCGGCGGCUGUGCGAGGGCACGUAGGCGGCUCGGCGCCUCGUUUGCAGCUCAUUUACGCUUCAACGCUUCACGCGUUCCGUUGCCAGCUGUCGAUGGACCUUGUGAGUGGGCAGAGUAUUAGUCAACUACCGCAGUAUUAUUACAGUGACGAGGACUGGAUAGCGUUAGGUUAGCUCGGCCGCGAUGGCUGCGGCGUUUCAAACGCCGCAUGAAUGGUAGCUGAAGCGAGAGAGAGAGCAAACAUUUGAAUGGGGAGAAAAAGUGCCGGGACGACGUUUGGAGUUGUGAAAUUCCGUACGGUCAUGUAACAUUGUGGCGUUUGCUCUUCUGCCUGCGCUCGGACUCAAUGCUCUAAAAGGAAAAAAGUGUUUUGUACAAAGAGCAAAUAGUAGUCUCGCUAGUCACGAGUCUUCCGACAGACCACCGCUGAACUUUGAUGCCUGUGCGCGACGGGGGGACCUUGGCGCGUAUUGCGUGUGCCGAGCGACUCGUCCGAUCCUCGCGCCGUGCCAUGUGAACGUUUCAGUUCAUCCUCGAUUGCUCCGGCUGGCUCGCCAUAGAGUAGUUACAACGCCUUUACGCCAAUUCUCAGUGUAUUAUUAUUUAAUGCUUUACUGUUAAUUUAGUACGGAUCCUGUUAUCUGCUUGUAAAUAUAAUAAACGUGUCUACUUAUUUAUCGAAAAUAAAAAAAACGUUAAUCGAAAUUUGUAAGCGUAGAUGUUAGUGUAAAGUUGUAUUAAAGUGUUUUGUAUUUAAUAAUGGGUAUUUAAUCCGACCAACUGCUCUCUUGUGAUUAGCCACAGUCGACAAUGUUCUUGUGACCUAGAUUCAUUUCGGCCUCUACCAAAUCUUUUUCUUAUUAUUGUUUUCUGUUACGGAUUAAACUUUAAAUUGGAUUAAUGUAUGAUUUUGAGCGGUUCUGUACAUAUUAUUUUUAAGUGUUUGCCUGAGAGUGAUAGGUUUCGAAUCUCUUCUCGUCCUUAUUCUAACUUCUCGAUGUGAAACGGUGUCUUUAUUAUUUAUUUGGUAAAUAAAUCUAGACAUUAUAGACUGUUUGUAAACAAAUAUGAAACUGAACGUAGAGACAUUGUAUUGUUUUGCACCGACGAAAUUGUUGAAAUGAUAAAGGACAAUGUAAUAUUUAAUAUUUAAAUAAGAUCUGUGCCAUAGUGUGGUGGCAGUGUAUGACCUUGUGUUCGCAUUGUGUUAGUGUGUUAAGUUUAUGUCUGUAAACUAUGAGUAGAUAAAAUUGUUUAAACAUAAGACAAAUAACAGAAUAUAAAACAUAAUAUAUCUAGCCCAGUGUCUAUUUAAAGUCCAGUAUUUUGUAAAAUUUCGAUGUUGCUGUAACCACUAGUGAGGUUCGCUUUCGAUUGCACGUCAACGAUGUUCGCGUCGACGAUGCGUAUAAAAGACAUAGAAUACAUUCCAAACAAUGUAAUGUAAAAAUAGUUUACGAUAUAUACGCUUAAAUACACAAUAAAUUUGUUAUAAUAUGACACUGUUUAUGUAACGCCGUGUCUAUAUUUAUAAUUAUUCAGAUGCUGAAAACGAAAUCAUAUAAUUGCUAAGAAAAAUUACGAAAUUAAAUCAUAUUUAACUCGCAUAA